AGGAGGGGCAGAAAGACAGCCGGGCUGACGGAGGAGCUGCUCCACCACUCGGGCGAUCUGAUUUGACUUGCGACGCGAGCCGCUGCCGCCGCCGCCGCUGCUGCUGCUGCUGAGUCCGCGGGCAGCGACCAGCCACUCGUCCGCCUGGGAGUUUAUCCAGCGAAGCUAGCUGGCUAACUCGACGAGAAACUGCGUUAACUGCUACGUUAAUGUUAGCAAUUCUGGGAACCAAGUCCAUGUACUGUAGGUAAUUUUCGACCGGGUGAAUUGAAUUAAAAAAAUGUCUAUAUUACCGUUUACACCUCCAAUCGUGAAGAGGCUUCUUGGCUGGAAGAAGGGAGAGCAGAACGGGCAAGAGGAGAAAUGGUGCGAGAAGGCUGUCAAAAGUCUUGUGAAGAAGUUGAAAAAGACUGGACAGUUGGACGAGUUGGAAAAAGCCAUCACAACACAGAAUGUCCACACGAAAUGCAUAACCAUACCCAGAUCUUUAGAUGGCCGUCUUCAGGUCUCUCACAGGAAAGGUCUUCCUCAUGUCAUUUACUGUCGCCUGUGGCGCUGGCCGGACCUGCAGUCCCACCACGAGCUGAGGGCCGUCGACCACUGUGAGUUUGCCUUCCACACGAAGAAGGAUGAAGUCUGCGUCAACCCCUACCACUACCAGAGGGUGGAGACGCCAACUUUACCUCCUGUUCUGGUGCCGCGGCAUACAGAUAUCCCCGCGGAGUUUCCCCCGUUGGAUGACUACAGUCCAUCCAUCCCAGAGAACACCAACUUUCCCGCUGACAUUGAGCCCCAGAGUAACUAUAUUCCUGAAACUCCCCCACCAGGGUAUCUGAGUGAGGAUGGUGAGACAAAUGAUCACCACCUCAACCACAGCAUGGAGACAGGUUCACCCAGCCUGUCACCCAACCCUGUGUCACCCGCCAACAGUAAUCUUGACUUACAACCUGUGACAUACUGCGAGUCUGCCUUCUGGUGCUCCAUCUCCUACUACGAGCUGAACCAACGCGUAGGAGAGACCUUCCACGCCUCCCAGCCCUCCCUCACUGUCGACGGAUUCACGGACCCAUCCAACUCUGAACGCUUCUGCCUGGGCUUGCUGUCCAACGUCAACCGCAACUCCGCGGUAGAGCUCACACGCAGACACAUAGGGCGGGGCGUGAGGUUGUACUACAUCGGAGGAGAGGUGUUCGCCGAGUGUCUCAGUGACAGUGCCAUCUUUGUUCAGAGUCCUAACUGCAACCAGCGCUACGGCUGGCAUCCGGCCACUGUCUGCAAAAUACCUCCAGGCUGCAACCUGAAGAUCUUCAACAACCAGGAGUUUGCUGCUCUCCUCGCCCAGUCAGUCAACCGGGGCUUUGAGGCCGUCUACCAGCUCACCAGAAUGUGCACCAUUCGCAUGAGUUUUGUCAAAGGUUGGGGAGCAGAGUACAGACGUCAGACAGUGACCAGCACCCCCUGCUGGAUAGAACUGCAUCUCAAUGGCCCUUUGCAGUGGCUGGACAAGGUUCUCACCCAGAUGGGCUCUCCCAGCAUCCACUGCUCCAGUGUGUCCUAGGAGCAGAACCGCUACCCCUUCGCAUCCACAAACCACAUAGGACAAGUCAAGCAUCCCAUGGUGAUGAGAUACUAGCCAUCAGAUCGAAAGAUCCCUCGCCGUCUCUAACAUUUCAAAUCCCCAGCACUUUCCUUACUACCAUUUAGUGUCUCCGUUUGAUGGUUAUUUAAGGACUUUUACAUGGUUUCGUUUUUCAUUUGGUAAACGGGCAGCCACAGGGUAUUUGCAAUAGGUUUCAAAAGGUUAAUCACAUUUCCUUCUCUAUUCAUUUAGACCUCAUGUCUGCUCAGUGCUGUGCUUUUUUAUAUUGAAAUGUUUGUUUGAUUUGAAAUUGUCAGUUUCAGGUUAUAACUAACUUUUAACAUAUUUCAAACUCAUUUUGAUUCUGUGAAUUAGCUCGAAUAUGUUGUCAUUGUUGGUGUUUUAGUGUCCUUGUACCUUGUCCCAUUAGGAGGAAUUAGGAGGCUUAUUUAUCAACUAAACCAUAAAUUAUUGACAAAUUAAAUAUAGUAAUGAUUAAAUAGACAAUUUGUUAUUAAUAUCUUAAGUACAAUGUACUAGCCCCAUUGAGAGAUAUAUAUUUAAAUUAUAUGAUUGAUCAUGUGAUUUGUAUUUGUAAUUGUAAUGUAAUAUUCAGUUUAAAAAAUGUAAUUUUUAAACUGAAUAUAGACAUCAGCACCAUUGUUUCUUGAGAAGAACACUUUUAUGAAAACUACUUUGCUCAGUGAAAGACAUUUUCUAAGUUAUUUUUGCAUACUGUCCUAUGUGGGAAUAUUUUUUUUAUUGCCUCAAAAUGAUUGAACAUAAAUAUUUAUAGCUUGUGACUUCUCGUAGUCGUGCAGUGCUUGAAACAGUUGAGCCAACUGGCCUCUGGCGUGAGUGGAUUCACAAAAAGACUCUUAUUGAUCCUUAAAAGCAGGCUUUUUAAACACGGGUCAGUGUAAGCGUUACAUAGAACUACUGUUCCAGCUAUUUUCAUAGGGACAAAAGGUCUGAACAAUCCUAGUGAACAGGUUGAAUUCAGGACCCCGUGUGACUUUAGUGUGAAGCGUACUGACUAGCGGUAACCAUGGCAGUGGGUAAAUAAUGCACUUAGUUGAUUAGUGUGAUGCUUUAGAUCUGGUAUGGCUUGUCUAGUAAAUACUAUAUAUUACAUGUACCUUGCUACAAUAUAAGGCCUGUGUUAUAUGCUCGCUGUCCUUUGUCAUUGAAGGUGCCUUGUUCAUCUUGCACUUAUGUAAGACUGAGUCACCAUGGAAUCUAUUAAACUCUUACAAGGUGCUAAAUGGAAAUAAUGUGUACUACAGUAUGUUGGGUAUAGUUGCUAGUUCUUUAUUUCAUUGCUUGUUUUCCUUUUAGUUUUGGGAUUUUUUUCCUCAAAGGACCUUUGUUAUUGAUGAAUAUAUUGGUAACUGAGUAAUAUUAUUUCAAGUAAUUUUUAAAAUCAUGAUUAAUACAGUGACAGAAAAAUAAAAUCCAUAUAAAUGAAAGCAG